CGGUUUUUUAAAUAAACAUGUCGGAAAUCGGAAUGUUGAAGUGAACUUCAGUAUUCGUAAUAAAAAUAACUGUAGUUAUUUAGUUUAUCUUAAAUAAAUUAAACUUUUGUCUUUAUAAUAAAGUAAGUAUUGGGAUACUACCUCAGACCAGAUUUGUAGCGUUUGUGCAAUAAUCUGACGAUUUGUGCUCACAUCGCUACCUAAUCUAUUUCAGUGUUGUGUUUAUGAGUGUAACUUUUAAUGGACGAAAUGUGGAUAAAGUGAAUCGAAGUAUUAAAUUAACAUUGCAGUGAAUCACUCAUUGUUAUAAUUUUAAAGAUAAUGUCUGGUGCAUCUGGUUCAUCAGGAGGCACAGGACGCGGCAGAGCAGGAGCAUUGUCAGAUAAACCAGAGUCGAAAGAGAAUAAACCAAAUCCAAAAAUGUCAAAGGCACUCGGAACAUCAGCAAAGAGAAUUCAGAAGGAGUUGGCAGAGAUCACAUUAGACCCACCACCAAAUUGUAGUGCUGGACCAAAAGGAGAUAACCUGUAUGAAUGGGUUUCUACAAUAUUGGGACCCCCAGGGUCUGUUUAUGAAGGAGGAGUGUUCUUCUUGGAUAUUCACUUCUCACCAGAAUAUCCGUUCAAGCCUCCAAAGGUUACAUUCCGGACAAGGAUAUAUCAUUGCAAUAUAAACAGUCAAGGUGUAAUAUGUUUAGAUAUUUUGAAGGACAAUUGGUCUCCUGCAUUGACAAUAUCAAAAGUGUUGCUUUCCAUUUGCUCAUUGCUCACAGAUUGCAAUCCGGCCGAUCCUCUUGUAGGCAGCAUCGCUACACAAUAUCUACAGAACAGAGAGGAGCAUGAUCGUAUUGCACGUCUCUGGACCAAGCGUUAUGCAACAUGAUUCAUUCGCUCAGUCCUAUAUAAUAUACUCAAUAACAUACUGAUUUCAAUCCAUCCCAUUUAUUAUACAAGCUUAUUACUAUCGACUUGAAAUUGUUUUUAAUACGUAAUGUUGGGAUUUUAUAAGGCUUAUUUAGUUGCGAUUAUUGUGAAUAAAUGCUUUGAUGAUGUCUGAUCUGUAUAAUUUAGGUUUAAAACUUCUGUUGUCUCAUUCAGUGUUGCAAUCUGCAUAUAAAAUUAAUUGUAAGAUGUGACCCAUGAAUUGAGUCAUUUUUACCGCAAUAUUGCGAUGAUCUCAAAUAACUAAUGCAUAUUUCCUACUUAAUUAUAUUAAAAUGGUAUGGUUUAGCAUACUUUUGACCUUACUCAUACACAAUAAAAUACCAAUUUGAUAUAAAAACGGAUCAUUUAAUUCUAACAAAUGAUUAACAUGUAAUAACUUUAAGGUGCUUCUGAAAUAUCCAAAUAAAAUAUAUUAUUAGUACAGCUAAUGUUAUAUGAAUAAGGUCAAAUAUAUUGUGUGCUUCGUAAACAUUCAGGGUUUAUGUAUUUUGUGAUUAGUCAGUAUAAUCGUGAUUUGAUGGUAUGUUGUAAUUUAAUGUCAGUAACUAUAUUUUAAAUUGUAAGCAAUUAAUUAUUCACAAACACGACCAUGUAAGCUAUUUUGAUGCUUUGAAUAUCAUUUGGAAAUCAUUUCUCAAUUAUUAAAAUUAUUUUAUAGUUUUAAACCCAGAUUGUGAUUGUUUAAAUUCAUCCCAGUUCAGAACUAAUAAUGCAAUCAAAUGGAUUUUAAUGAAACGAAUGAAUGUGAUCGCGAUUUAGUUGUCUAGUUAAAUGAAUUAGUCAAUUAUUGUUUUGUUUAUUUAGCACAAUUAGUAAUAAUAAAACAUCAGUUUUGGAGCUUAUUUGUGUAAAAGUAAUAUGGGCAAUCAAUAAAUUAUUUUGUGUCUUGUUUAGUUAGACUUACAUAUCAAAAUAGCUUGAAAUAUCAAUUUUUAUGUGGUGAAUGUUCGGGUGCCAAAAUAACAGGCACAACCAUCUUCGCCGUUUUGCGACUUUCUAAAAACAAUUCCGUUUAGAAUGUAUACAGUUGUAGGUGUAAGUUAUUAUUUAGUUUAAUGUAUGUCUAACCGUAGGAAUAAUGUUAGUAAUAUAGAUGUGUAAUUUAGACAUUGUGUGCAUCACACAUUUGAACCUAAUAUGUAGCGUGGUGUAUGUAUAUCAUGAACAGCUAAGGUGAUAAUUGUUAUUUGGUCCGCUAAUACAAUAUAACAUAUUAUAUUAAGUUGUAUACUGAUAGUAAGCAAAUCAGAUAGUAUGAUUAUAUCUGCAAGGUGUAUUCAAUAACAUAAAGGAUAUAUAAGUAAUGAUUGGCAGUUGGUCACAAGAUAUGAAAGGUGUCCAUCGGUGAAAAUUUUUUUUUUUUAAUAAGAACAUGUCUGCUACUUUUUGACAAAAGGAACUAUAGUUUCUGUUAGUUAUUAAUUACAUUGCUAACCAUGACUAUAAUAACUAUUCAUACCUGUCUACACUACCUAAUUAAUUAUAGAAAAAGGUUCAAAUGAUGAGGCCGCUUGUUAGAUGUGAAUAUUAUUUCCAUAUUUGUGAUUGGGGAUAUAUUUUGUCAAUGUGAUUUUCUAAUUAGUAUAACUGAAACUCGAAAUGUGUUGCCUGCGAGACGACAAGUGUAUUCGACGCGACUGAUGUUCCUUAAAACUCAAUGUUCAUAAACAUAUAAUCAUCUUUUGUUAAAAUUUAUAUCAUGUAAAAUAGGAAAAUAAAAUGUGUGUAACUAGAACACA